AUGAAACAUUAAAUACCCGGAAUCGACUCCUCUCGACAUAGAGGACAAGCUGAUGUUUAAACAACUAGCCGACCCGAAAUUAAGAGAGCUAGCUGAAGGAUUGGAAUCCAAAGACGAUAAAUACUAUGUGUUAAUCGAAGGUUUAGUUUUUCGAAAAUAUCAGGAUAAGCAUUUAUUUGUAAUUCCCGAGGGCAUGAUUAACAGUGUACUUAGAGUGUAUCAUGACGAGAUGGGUCACGUAGGUCUUGACAAGGUGCUACACGGCAUAUUAGGUCACUAUUGGUUUCCAGCCCUGAAGUUACGCACCAAACUAUACAUAGAAAAUUACGUAAAAUGUUUAAGCUAUUCAUUAACCGCGGGUAAGCCGGAAGGAGAAAUGGAAAUUUACGAAAAAAUAGCGAUACCGUUGCAUACCCUUCAUCUAGACCAUUUUGGGCCCUUGGAGGUGACCGAGGACGGAUUUAAAUUUAUAUUAUCGAUUAUAGACGCGUAUACCAAAUUUACAUGGUUGUUUCCUGCAAAAUCCACUACCGCUGAGGAACUCACACAAACUCUAAGUCUUCUUUUUAAAUAUGUUUGGAUUUCCAGUACGUAUCAUUAGCGACCGCGGAUCCGUUUUCACUUCAAAAGAUUUUGAAACUUUCCUAAGCGACAAAAA